AGGCGGAGGUCCAGCUGUAGAGUCCAAACAAAGGGGAACAAUCCAGGCGAAGGAAUGAGCAAUAAUCAGAAAGAAGUGAAGAGAAUCCAAACCGUUUAUCUGCAGAACUUGAAAAAACUGAACCAGGGGGUAAAACUAGAGAAGAAAAGUUGGAAACCAAAGGAAGGAGACUUUGCUGCAGCAAUGGAAAAGCUGCGACAGCCUCCCAUAGCCGGGAAGGUAAACAAAAGCUCCACCAACAGAAUCAGCAGGGAUCUCACCUGCUCCAUCUGCCUGGAUCUCUUCAAGCAGCCGGUGUCCCUGCCCUGUGAUCACACCUUCUGCCAGGGGUGCAUUGAAGGUUACUGGACCGGCCCCCGGGGCCCCAUUCAGGGGGGCACGGGCUCCUGCCCUCAGUGCAGGAAGGUGUACCCCGGGAAAAGCUACAGGCCCAACCGCAUCGUUGCCAACAUAGUGGAGAGCUACUGUCAGGGCCUGGAGGAGAGCGGCUCUGGCCCUCGUCUUGCAGACGUCGGCGCGUCAGAGAGGCUUCCGGCUGCGGUGCCGCGCUGCAGCAGACACCGCGAGGAGCUGAAGCUUUACUGCGAGGAGGACCAGGAGCUGGUGUGUCUGGUGUGCGGCCUCUCACAGGAGCACAGGAACCACACCAUGGUGUGUGUCCAGGAGGCCGAGCAGAAGUACCGGGCGUCUCUAAACAGCUCCAUGGAUUCCCUGAGAGCUGAACUCAACACGGCGCUGCAGUGUGACAGGGAAGCCGAGGACGAGGUCAAAAAGCUGAAGGAGCACACCGCUGACCUGAAGGUGCGCAUCGAGGCGCAGUUCAGCGACCUGCACCAGUUCCUGUACCAGGAGGAGAAGCUGCUGCAGGUGAAGCUGAAGACGGAGGAGCGCAGAGAGCUGAUCCGACUGGACGAGCACAAGGCACUGCUGUGCGUGGAGGUCUCUCGUCUGCAGAGAGCCGUCCACGAGAUAGAGGACAAGCUGAAGGAGCAGGACCCCUUCACCCUGCUGCGGAGCAUCAAGGUCCUGCUCCAGAGGCCUUCGCUGAAGUUUGAGAAACCAACCUUUACACCUCCCAGUCUGUGCGAGGGCCGGUUCGCGGGGCCCCUGCAGUACAGAGUGUGGAAAUCCAUGAAAGGAGGCCUUUAUCCAGUUCCAGCGGCCAUCACGUUUAACUCCAGCACGGCCAACCCUUGGCUCAGCCUGACCUCGUCCCUCACCUGUGUCCGCUACCAGACCUUCAACCAAAACGUGCAGGACAACCCCUCCAGGUUCAACGCUGCCCUGUCGCUGCUCGGAAGCCAGGGCGUCACCCACGGGCGACACUACUGGGAGAUUGAAGUGUACAGCAGCACGGUCUGGACCGUCGGCGUGGCCCGAGAGUCGGUGCCCAGGAAGGGGGUGAUCAAAGCCCUGCCGGCCAACGGCUUCUGGACUCUCUCCCUCUCCUACGGGAUUCAGUACAUGGCUGGCACUUCGCCCCCCACAGUCCUGUCCCUGGAUGAGCCGCUGGUCCGGAUCGGCGUGUACCUCGACUACAAGAGGGGCCUGGUGUCUUUUUACAACGCCGAGUGCAUGGCACACCUCUACACCUUCAGGGAGACCUUCACUGAGACGCUGUACCCUUACUUCAACCUGGGCUUUCUGGAUAAAGUGCAUGAAAAUGAGCCUCUCAAAGUUUUCCUACCAAAGAUUUAAAAUGUGACCAAAAAAAACGACCUAAGCGGUGCUAAAGCAAUGACCAAACACUAAUGGAAACUGUUCUUUCCCUUCAACAGGAUUACAGCAGAGUUUUUUUUGCACAUUAGAAGUUGGAAUUAUCUGUCUAAUAGAAACAGAUGUAUCUUGAAGGGGUAAAUGUUUUAGCAUUACUCACUACAUGUCUCUUUGCCGCAUAUAUUUCAAUGUCACCACCACCUGGGGAUCGGUGGUCGGGCCGUGCAUCACAUUAACCAAACUGGAACUUUGUAUUGUUUGUAGACUGGAUCGACUGCCACACACCUCAUUUCAGAGAAGCAGUGCUUCUGUGAAGAAAGUGAAAGUGUCUGGUUACCUGACUGAUUUUUCUUUUAAUGAUUUCAAUAAUCUUUCAUAUGCAUGAAACACUAAUACAUGAAAUAAAAUAUCUUAAUCACUC